GGUCCCGAUGCCCGAGGAGCGCGGGUAGAGCCCCAGCUCUACCAUGAAGGGCUACCUGGACCAGCAGGUGCCGUUCACUUUCCCGCAGCAGCCCCCGGGCCCCGCGGAUCCCGGCGGCGGAGCUGUGCUGAGCGCUGCCAAGAGCCCCGGGGAGGCGGCGCAGGACUCGGAAGAGCUCUUCCAAGACUUGAGGCAGCUCCAGGAGACCUGGCUGACUGAAGCUCAGGUUCCAGACAAUGAUGAGCAGUUCGUGCCUGACUUUCAUUCAGAAAACCGUGAGUAGCACGGGGAUGGGGGAAGGGAAAAUCCAAAUUUUGGUGCUUUCCCCUGCAGCCAUGAGCAGCCAUUCCAGCCCAGCAGUGAGCAGUGCCUUUACGCCAGUGCCUACGAGCAGCCCAGCCAGUCCCCCAGCCCCGCAGCCCUGCUCCAGUCACCGCUGCCACAGUUCCCCAGGCAGGACAGGAGCUUCCUGAGCCCUGUGGGGCCACCCCACCCCGCACCCAGCUGUGGAUACCUCAGUGAAAACGGCUCUGCCUAUCAGCCACCCGUGGAGAUGUGCCCAUCCUUCCCAUCCUCCCAGGGCAUGGCCCAGGAAAACCCUGCUGCCUACCGGUGCCAGCUGCCCAAACCCUGCCUCCAGUACCCCCAGGAGGGCUUCAAACAGGAGCAGCAGGACCCCCAGUACGAGCAGGCAAAGCAGGCAGGGAGCAGGCAGAGUUACCCAGCAGCUGUGGUGGUGAAACAGGAGCAGGUGGAUUAUGUGUACGACUCAGAUGUUCCUGACUGUCCUUCCAUGUACAUAAACGCUGAGAAUUAUCCAAGCCAUUCAAACACAGAGGAUACWUUAGGCUGCAGCUAUGACAAGCAGAUGAGAUCCUUCCCUGACGAUGUCUGUGUGGUUCCAGAAAAAUUUGAAGCAGGAGACAUCAAGCAGGAAGGUGGAGGGUACAGGGAAGGACCCCCGUACCAGAGACGGGGAUCGCUCCAGCUCUGGCAGUUCCUCGUGGCUCUCUUGGACAACCCAACCAAUUCCCACUUCAUUGCCUGGACUGGGAGAGGAAUGGAGUUCAAGCUCAUUGAGCCAGAAGAGGUGGCCAGGCUCUGGGGGAUCCAGAAGAACCGGCCAGCCAUGAACUACGACAAGCUGAGCCGCUCGCUUCGCUACUACUACGAGAAAGGCAUCAUGCAGAAGGUGGCCGGGGAACGCUACGUGUACAAGUUCGUGUGUGAGCCCGAAGCUUUGUUCUCCAUGGCCUUCCCCGAGCAGCAGCGGCCGGCGCUGAGGGCGGAGCUGGAGCGGCAGAUCAGCGACGAGGACACCGUGCCCCUUUCUCACCUGGAUGAGAGCAGCUCCUACCUGCCAGACUUUGGGAGCUUCCCUCCUCAGCUCUACAGCAAAGGCUACAGCUACUAGCCCUGCUGGGAGCACGCUGUGCCACACUGGCUGUGCACAGGAGAUGAUGGGUGGUAUGAAAUUGGGCUCGGUGCUGUUCCAGGCCAGCACUAAACUCGGGAUCCCUGCUUUGGGCAGGACAAGGGUUCAGGGAGCCAUGUGGGUAACAGCAGACAGGGCUCUCAUGUGCUUGGGGUAAAACUCUCAAAAUGUCAGGAUGGGGCACGUUCUCAGCCCUGCAGAGAUCUUCUAUGCAGCAGAACUACAGCUUCAGCAGCCUGCAGACAGAUCAAACACACCGGGCACAAUCCCUCUCAUUGCACAGGGAGGWGAUGCUGAC